AUGACCCAGGCGAAAAAGGCCAAUGGUGGUAACCCUGUAACGGAUUCUGUUACCACCACCACUCCCCCUCUAAUCGCCGAAGCCGCUGCGUCCAUCUCGACGCUUUCUGUGCAACCUGACGCGGACGUGUCAACCUUAUCCAUGCAAGGUGGUGCUGACGUGGCUCCGAGAAACAACAGCAGCAGCAGCAGCAUGGCACGGGAACCGGAAACAGCAGCAGUGUGUGGCAAAAGCAGCAAUGGUCCUUUGUGCCUGGGUGCAGAGGUGCUAGGGUUUCGAGGCUCCCCUUCCAUUGGCGUGGAGUACAGCACUCAAGGGGCGCCCAAGCAGUCCCCCUACGACUGCAGCCACAUGGCCAUGACCUACACUGCCCUCGCCAUCCUCGCCACCCUAACGGAGCCUGCUCCCACUCAUGGCACUGCCACUGGCAGUGCCGCUGGCAAUGCCGCUGGCAGCUUACCCGACGUGCGCCAACAUCCUGCGGAGGAGUCAUCUAGAGGGGGUGCAGGGCUGCUCGGGGAGCAGGUGGAUGAGAGAAGCAGCGAGGGAGUGGGUGCAAGGGGUGAGGAUGGGAACGGGGUGCUUGACAGGUGGGAGGAUGGGGUGUGUGCAAGGGGCGGGGACGGAGUGGAUGCCACAGCAGCUUGUAAUAGAGUGGGGGAGGUGCGAGGAAUGGCAAAGUCGCUGCGAGAGCUGCAGCUGCAGGAUGGGAGUUCCAUCUUUCAGCUUUUCACCUUCCGCGAUUCCUCAUUCCUCCCAUCCCGCCUGACUCCGCCCACGCCGUUCUUCCCUCCCUCCAGUUUCAUGCCGGUUGCAUGUGGGAGUGAGUCCGACAUGCGCUUCGUGUUCUGCGCUGUUCAGUCAGUGAGGUUCUUGUUGCUCAUUCGCACUGUCUCUCUCUCACAGCAUCUUCUCCCUUGUUCUCCUCUGCCCUUCAAGGUGACUUUUGAGUCGACUCAAGCGGCCAUUUCAAGCAUGAUUGGCGAUUGGCGGGGAGUGGACAUCCCCCGUGCUGUUGCCUACAUUCAGAGGUCACAGGUGGGCACUGGGCACAUGGUGGGGGAGUGGUGGGGAUUGGUGGGGAGUAGUGGGGAGUGCGUAGUGGUGCGUAGUGGGCGUGGUGAUUGGCGGGGAGUGGACAUCCCCCGUGCUGUUGACUACAUUCAGAAGUCACAGGUGGGCACUGGGCACAUGGUGGCGGAGUGGUGGGGAUUGGUGGGGAGUAGUGGGGAGUGCGUAGUGGUGCGUAGUGGGCGUGGUGAUUGGCGGGGAGUGGACAUCCCCCGUACUGUGGACUACAUUCAGAAGUCACAGAGGCAGGGAGCGGAGGGGGGUUUCCAGGGGCGGCGCAACAAGCCAGCCGACACAUGCUAUGCAUUCUGGUGGGCUCUCCCCCUUCCUGCUGCUGCUUUUCUUUUACAUCCCUGGGUGGGCGGCACACUGAGCAUGCGGGAGCGGAUCCAUCUCAUUGACCAUGCGCGGGGCACACUUGUUAAUCUCUGUUCAUACUGCCAUUCCCCACCCACUUACGUGCCCUCCCUCCCUUCCUAUCCCUCUCUCUCAGAUCCCUGGGUGGGCGGCACACUGAGCAUGCGGGAGCGGAUCCAUCUCAUUGACCAUGCGCGGGGCACACUUGUUAAUCUCUGUUCAUACUGCCAUUCCCCACCCACUUACGUGCCCUCCCUCCCUUCCUAUCCCUCUCUCUCAGAUCCCUGGGUGGGCGGCACACUGAGCAUGCGGGAGCGGAUCCAUCUCAUUGACCAUGCGCGGGGCACACUUGUUAAUCUCUGUUCAUACUGCCAUUCCCCACCCACUUACGUGCCCUCCCUCCCUUCCUAUCCCUCUCUCUCAGAUCCCUGGAUCCCUGGGGUGGGCGGCACACUGAGCAUGCUGGGGGCAGAUCACCUCGUUGACCGUGCGCGGGGCACACUUGUUACUCUCUGUUCAUACUGCCGUUUCCCCACCCACUUUCGUGCCCUCCCUCCCUUCCUGUCCCUCUCACUUUCUCCCAGGGUGGGCGGCACACUGAGCAUGCUGGGAGCAGAUCACAGCCAUGCUCAGGGCACACUUGUUUCUCUUUGCUCAUACCGCCAUUCACCGCCCACUCCCAUCCCCUCUCCCUCACUUUCUCCCAGGGUGGGCGGCAUACUGAGCAUGCUGGGAGCAGAUCACAGCCAUGCUCGGGGCGCUCUUGUUACUCUUUGCUCAUGCCCCCAUUUACCGCCCACUCCCAUGCCCUCCCUCUCUCUCACGCACACAGGGGUGGGCGGCACACUGAGCAUGCUGGCAGCGGACUUUUCACGCCCAGCUCAUGCUGCCGUUCACCACCCACUCCCAUGCCCUCCCUCCCUCUCACACACCCAGGGUAUGGUGGGUGCAGCAGCAAGCAUCCAGUGGGAUUCCCUGACAUCCUCCAUUCCUUCUACGGGGUCUGUGGGUUCUGCUCCUCUUGAUCCUCCCCUCCCUCACCCCUCCCUCUCUCCCACCACAGAGGCACCCCACCAAUCCCCUUGUUUCCCUUGCCCCCCUAUCCCUCUGUCCAUGCGUAUCCAAUGUGCCACUAUCGAAGCUUGCUGUUUGCCACCCGCUCAACAGCGACCGAAUCGCCGAUUCCGGCAUGGACGCGACCCGCCCGCGGCUCCGCAAACUGCUGAUCCCCGCAAAAUUCCCCUUCUCCGCAUUUGCUCCCCCAAACCUCCCGUUCGCCCCGCUCGCGCCACCACAACUCCCCUUUCCCGCGCCAUUGCUGCCCCGCGCGUUGCUGCUAUUGCCGCCGCUGCUGCCCCGCUGCCCUGUGCGCGGAGUCCGCGCGCUCUCGAGCGAGCACUUCCUAGGCGCCGCAACUGGCGGCGAGCCUUCAUGCCACUCCCCCUCGCCGUUCCGCUGACACUCCGCCGCAAAGGAGACGCUCCUCAACUCCGCAGUGUUGAGCGCGCGCGCGCUCCCCGUUGCCGCGCGCGCACCCUCUGUUCCUACGAGCGCGCACUCCGUAGCCGCGCGCAUCCGCGCACCCGCCACCGUUGCCCUCCCCCAUGGCGUCCCUCCCCGUUCUAA